UUUUGAAAAAAAAAAAAAAAGUAUUUUUGGAUGUUUUUGCCCCCUCUAAAAUUAAAUGAAUAAUAAAAUAAUAAAGCAUAUAAAAUGAUGAAAGAAAUGAAAAAAAAAAAAAAAUCCAAAUAAAUUCCUGCACCCUCCAUUGGCUGCUCAGAUGUCGCUUAAAUCCCCAAAUCCCGCCCCCACCCUCCUCUUCCUCCUCCUCCUCCUCCUCCUCCUCUUCUUCCUCCUCUGCCGGCUGGUGGAAGCGUCAGACCUCCUCCUCCUCUCCUCUCCUCCCUCCAUCCCGCGGACCGAGUGUAUACAGCCUCUCAAGUUGAACCCAGACGCUCACAUGCACAGCAAGAGGAGGACAGUCUGCGGAGAGACAGACACAGAGAGGAAGAAGAGGGAGAGCGGACGGAGCUGCUGCAGCUGAGCAAUCUGGAUUUUAUUUCACAUAUCAUGCGCCUGAAGUGACAGAGUUUUCUUUGCUUUUUUUGCUGUUUCAAACCAACCUAUUGAAUGGACUUUUUAAAUCAUCGGAGGAGUUCUUGGUCCACUCUUUCUGCUGGUCUGGUUAAACUUUGGAAGACAGAAAAGUGAGAUAAAGGUUGCGAGACAUUGAGGUGUACCGUUUGGAUAAAUAACGCAGAGGAGCGCACCGGUGGAAGAAGCUUCUCCACGGGGUGAAAACAGCUUCAUUCCUCGGCUCUGACUUUUUUUUUGCGGGGAGGAUUUAAAAAAAAAAGAAGCACCGGAAUUUCCCAUCGCAGGUUUUUUUUUUUUUUUAUGACUGACUCCAGAAGGAUUUACUCCAAACCUCAUCUGCGCGCUGACUUUUAGGUCAAGCACAUGCAGCUGGAGCGCAAUUUGGUCAAAUUGAGAUUAUUAUUAAUGGCACCGAUGCGGUAGUGAUCUGUCUGGAGGGGAGAAAGAAAUACUAAAUAAAAAAAAAAGACCCCCUUUUUGUCCGUCUUGUGAACAGUUCCGGAGGUUUUUUACUGAGAGAAAGGAUGGAGACGGUCCGGAGAAGAGGAAGAGGAGACGCGCUGGGAUGUCGCCUCUGGAAGUCGGUGCUUCUUCUGCUCCUGUGGGAAGUGUCCGACAGCCAAACAGGAGCAGCAGGACUUGGACCAGGAGGAGGGUCGGACUCCUCCCAGCCCCGUUUCUCCUCCUCCCUCCCCACCUACCUCCCCGUCCAGUGCCAGCUGAGUGGCGCAGACUCCGCCUUCUUCUUGCGGGAAGCCAAUCAGGAGGUCAUGCGGAACGGCAGCCUGUCGUCGCGUACCGAGCCCUUCUUCCUCCACCAGCUGGAACCAGCCGUCGUCGCCCCGCAAUCCCUGCCGAGCGUCAACUGCAGCUACGGAAACCAGAGCAUUGAGCAGCCCAUCCCAGUGGAGCUGCUGCAGGGUCCUCCACCGCGUCUGCUGAUGACAACCAACCAGGUCACUCUGAACUGGAAGGUCAAAGGUCAAGUGGUGGUGCCCAAAGUGGGGUCAACACGGCCCUGGAUACAGGUACUGUUCUACCUGGUGGGGCGGCGUUGGGAUGAACCGGACACACCUCCCCCAGCCCUCCUCCCGUGUGUCAGAGCCGUGGCCGUCCGUGACACCAGCGAAGCGGCACCCUCGGCGGGCUGCCGACUCGUGGGACCAUCUGGCAUCUGCGUUGUCCGCCUGGAGAUUCCCCCAGCUUGGUUUACACCACCGCAAGUGAGAAAGAGACCUCCUGAAGUGACUCUGCCGUCAGUGGAUGUGUAUUACUCAAUCAUACCAGUGGAAGGGGCUGGUCAAGAGUGUCCCUCCAUUGUUAACGAGCCAUGGAGAGGUCAGAGUGCCAACGUCGGGCCUCUAGGAGGCCUGGGAUUGGGCCCCGGGGGACAGUGGAGCCCCCUAGGGGAUGGAGGUCUUCAAGACAUGCUGAAAGCUGGUUCUGUGGUCAUGACCAUGGGCCCGGUUUCUGCCAAAGGAGACAAACUGAGACUGGAUGACAAUGUGGAGGUUCUGGUGCCACCCAGCCCGGUUCGGCUCGGCAAGACGGUGGCGUUUGGCGUCUACAUGAAGACGGGUUCGAACACGGAACAUUUCACAUUGAGGGUGUGGUUCCAGUCAGGCAUUAACUUCCUGGCUGUGAAACCCAGCAACCUCGUCGCGUGGGAGAUCAAACAGGAAAUGGCGCCGGGAAGCAGUUCGUUGGCGGUGAUGUGUCAGAGACGGGUCUCCUCCACGCCAGAGAGAUUGGAAAGUCCAUCAUAUGAGGUGAUGCAGCUGGACUUUGAGGUGGAUAACGUGAUCAACCUGGUGCCAACCCAGACUCUACACUGGAACGUCGAGUACCCGGCCGGCAUGCAGGCGGCUUCCAGGCAAACGGAGAAAGUCUCGCACCUCUACAUCAGCAACGCAGACAUACAGGGAAUCGUACCGCUGGCUGAGGACACGGAGGUGGUGAACACAGCCAUUCUUACAGGUCGGCGCGUCGCAGUGCCCAUCAAACUGGUUACCGUGGAAACCGACGGGCAGGUGAGGGAGGUGGACGACUCGGUCACCUGCAGCUCGACAGACGUGGACGUGGUCAAGGUUUCCCCAAACUGUGACCAGGUUCUAGUGAACGGGAAGGAAAUGCGCGGUCGGCAGUCGUUGGCGGUCAACUUCACCUACCUGCACCUGUCUACCCAGCUGCAGCUCACCGUCUGGGUGCCCAAGCUACCACUGCAGAUAGACGUGUCCGAUACUGAGCUGAGCCAGGUUAAAGGCUGGAGGGUACCCAUCAUCACUAACAAGAGACCUACCAGAGACAGUGAAGAUGAUGAGGAUGAUGAGAGGAAGGGCAAAGGCUGCACCCUGCAGUACCAGUAUGCCUUGGUGCGAGUCCUCACUCAUUUUGUCGCCGAACCCUCUGACCCUGGAGGGGAGAUGGUCUACAUGUUGGGUGCAGACUGGCAAGCUGAUAUCACUCAUUUGGUCUUGGACCAGCUAAAGGUAGAAGAUCCUCGCAUCGCCAGACUGAUAGACGGACGGAUCUUGAUCGGGCGGGACCUGGGGAUUACCACUAUACAGGUUCUGUCCCCGCUGUCUGACUCUAUCCUGGCAGAGAAGACUGUGACUGUGUUGGACGACAAGGUCACCAUCACUGACCUGGGAGUCCAGCUGGUUGCAUCUCUGUCCCUCAGUAUGACAGCGAGUCCUGGAAAUUACCAGGCUAUACAGCUAACGACCACAGCUACAGACCUGCUACACACACCUAAACAGGAGGCGGCGAUCAGUGCCUGGAUCCAAUACAGUGACGGUUCAGUGACACCACUUGAUGUCUAUGAUCCGAAGGACUUCCUCCUCUCGGCUGUGUCAUUAGAUGAGAGCGUCAUCUCCAUAACCAAUCAGGAGCAACACUGGCCUAUCGUAGUGGCCGAGGGCGACGGACAGGGAGCACUGGUUCGCGUGGAGAUGGUCAUCUCUGAGACCUGCCAGAAAUCCAAAAGGAAGAGUGUGCUGGCAUCUGGAGUUGGCAAUGUGAUAGUGAAGUUUGGAGCAAAGAGUGAAGGAAGAGGUGGACAAGACGACGGAGGAGGGACGGACAACAGCACCGGCGGGCACCAAACAAAGGAUGGAGGAGAGUGGAAGUCCAACAGUGCAGCAGUGGAUCGAGAGGAAGGAGCCAUGAGGAAGGUGAGCACAACGACCAAGAGCACAGUAACCCAUCGUGCUUCAGGUGGUAAAGCUGCCAGUGGAGGCAGCAGCAGCAGCCGUGGCGGAGGCCCCAGCCAAGCAGGGGACUACAGCAGCUACCCAGCACAGGUGGAGGUGCCGGGCACCGGGGACAGCGAGCUGACGCAGACCACGAGAGGACUGUCGGACCUGGAGAUCGGAAUGUAUGCCCUUUUGGGUGUAUUCUGUCUGGCAAUACUGGUCUUCCUCAUCAACUGUGUCAGCUUUGCUUUCAGAUACCGUCACAAGCAGGUCCCCGUGCUGGAAGCAGGAGGCAACAUGAACCACGCCCAUGACUGGGUGUGGCUUGGCAACGAGGCCGACCUCUUAGCUGACCACUCUGACCAAUGCCAGGGCGGGCUGCCGGAUGAGUGCACCACCAUCAUCGACCGGAACGAAGGAGGAUACGAGGAGAACAAGUACCUGCUGAACGGGGCUGGAAACACAUUAGUGAUGGGCACAGGCAUGGGCACCAUUAGUGGGAGCGGUGGCCCAGGUGGGCACCGGGGCGUCACACACGGACAGACCUUGCCCAGAUCUGUUCCAGAACCCCAUCAGUGCCUUUCAGCAAUCACUACUGGUGGCAAAAACGCCACUGGCCAAGCGGAGCAUCUGAAUAAUUCCCCACGAGCCACGGCUGCAGCUGCGGUUGCAGCCGCCAAACGCAAACGCGUCCAGUUCACGUCUUUUGCCACCGUUCUGCCCAAUGAUAAUUCGGGUGGGGGUGGCCCGUACGCCAACUCGUCAGUCCUGGUGACCAAUGGGAGCGAGGAUGACAUAAAGUGGGUGUGCCAGGAUAUGGACCUGGGUCAGUCUGAAAUCAGAACCUACAUGGAGAGGCUACAAGACAAUCUGUGACUGAGAAACGGAGGGGCAGAGGAUGAGUGCAGGAGGGGGAGGAUGGACAAUGAGUACAAUUCACCUGUAAUGCCUUUGCAAUGGAUGAAGGGAGGGAGAACUGGAGGAAUAUGAGAACAGUGAAGGGAACACGAGGAGUUUAGAAGAUUAUUGAACAGACCGUGUCGAGGAUGCUUACGUUUAGCUCCUCUUAGGCUAUGAAAAAUACUGUCAUCACUAGCUCACACUCAAAGCAAUGGUAGCAAACAAUAAAUAACAUUAUGAGUUUGUUUUAUAUUAUUAAUUGUGAAAAUAUUAGUGUAAAAAUCAAGUCACUAUUGGUUAUGAAUGUUUAUUUUCAGAAUACCAGUAAACCAUUGUGCUAUACAGUAAAUUCAGGGUAUGUUAUUGGACAAACAUUAUCGAGCCACUAUACAUUUAAACGAGGACGGCAAGAACAUCAUUUCUGAAGUACUUUUUGACUCACAUGGUGUAUUGCCAGCAUUGGAUGUUGAUUGAUUAUUGAUAGAUCUAGUUUUAAUAUUUACCAGCCACGUCUACUGAAUGGUUACGUAAUGACUACUGAAGAAUAGGUGUGCAUCAACGUUUGUUUUCGUUUCACCAUGUGACCCAUUUGCUUUCGGCAUUGCUCAUAAGUGAAAUGUAACAUGUAAAAAUAUAUAUAUAUUCCAAGUACUCAACUAUAAAUUCUGGCACCAGUGGGAGCUGCCAUUCAGCACUGAAUACGGGCGAUCUUUGCUCUUUUCCUCAGACGACAGAAUGUGUCAAGAGUUGGGAAAUGAUAUGACAUACAAAAGACUGUUUCUCUCCUUGGAUCCAAGACAGAGGCAUUUAAACUUGCACAAUUACAAACAGGAACGGACACUAGCCAUAUUUGAGGCUUACUUCCUGUUUUGUGAAAACCUUCCAGCCGAUGACGGCUUUCUCCCUGUAUUCAGAACCAAUCGCAUCAUCCCCUGGCCCCUCUCCUUGUCUGUGAUUGGACAGCAGUAGAAAACUUUGUGAACUGAAGUGCACAGUGAAAUACUGUCUGUAAAGUAAAAAGGGGGACUGACUAAGGUGUCUCAUAUAAAAAAAGGAGGCUGCUUGGGCUUUGCAAAGCCUGACCGAACACUUAAUAAUGAGGAUUAUUUAAAAACCAUGUAGGCAACAAGACAGACCCGAGUACCUGCAGUGUUAUACAUGGAGCUAACAGGAUAUACUGAAUGACGUUACAAUACAAAUGAAAACGGAGCGACACUCUUGAAUAUCUCACGAAUAGACAUGGGUUCAUGAAACAUGUUUGUUUUGCUGAACAUAAUUCUGUAUAUUUUUCCCCCUUUUUCUUUGUCCUUUUUUGAUGAUUAGAUUGUUUUUAUUACGUUUUUCCUUGUUACAUUUUUAUUUCCUAAUUUGGGAUGAUAUUAAUUGUAGCUUUUAUUUUUCAAGGAUUUAUUAAGAUUUUAAGGAUAUAGGUGUACGAUUCUUUUUUUUCUCCUAGAGAUCUAUUUAUUUAAAUUAACAUUUGAGAGGGUGAGGGCGGAAAGAAAGGCCAAGAUUGAAAACCCGCUGGUGAAUGAUAGCACAUACGAGAAGAAACGUGAAAGGACGGAGACUGAACAGGCAGAGGUUGCCUCACCUUCGUUAAGCUCAGGUGACGAGUCAUGAAGAACUGACGAUAAAAAAAGGAGAACUGUAAGAUUGUUAAGAUUGCAAUAUUUAUUUAUAAAUGUGUUACUGUUUCAGAGUACACUGUAUGUUGUAGAUAAAUAAACAUGCUUCAAAGUGCUUGUGAAUAAGAUUGCAGGUCACUAGCCAACGA